UCCCUGAUACUUUUCUUAAAUUACUAAAUAUAUUCGACGCAUGAACAUAAGUGGAAUGAGUCUUCCUCUGGUGUAUGUUAAAUAUCGUCGGCCUAAAGCAGGUCUACGACUGAUCCGACUGCUCGUUACUGUGGAGACACGCUUUUACUUUGAAAUGUUGUGUUUUCCGCUCAGCAGCUCUGUACUCAUGGAAGCGAGGGGCUGUUGAACGUCGACGCGAACCCACCAUUUUGUUCCUCCGCACCUGUUAGUGAGGCCUCUGGCCGUGGAUUAAAAUGUCCCGAAGUCAGAGUUCGGCAGGAUCACUCACUCGAGUUCUGCAAACAGACGUCCAGGAGCCACUGGUGAAAGUAGAGCUGCUGGAAUGGAGCUCCAGUCUGGAUGAGGAGGAACCAGAAACCUCAAAUAUUAAAGAGGAAGACGAGGAUGAAGAUGUUACCAAGUUUCCGGUCAUCAUUGUCCAGGUGAAGAGUGAAGACGAGGAAGAGAAACCUGUGCUCUCUGAACUCCACCAAAGAGAGGAGGAGCCUCCAAUGAGCAGCUCGACUCAGUGCAUGAAAACAGAAGGAGACAACAGUGGAGGACCAGAACCAACUAGCUGCUUGAAUUCAGACCAACACUCUGACCUACAGAGCUCAUUGUCUUCUGGCUCUGACACCGAUGACAGUGAAGACUGGAGGGAGACUGGCAGCACUCAGUCAGGUUCAAGCUCUAAAGCGGGAGGGAAGAAUGGCAAGACUCUGAGCUGCCCUGGGUGUGCCAAGACGUGUUCGUCCAAGGCUGGACUGAGCCUUCAUAGGAAAACAUGUGCAGCGAAAAAACUGGCCUUUUUGCUUCCCAAGGAAAAUCUGGAGGGAAAUGUGAGACUAGAAAAGCCCUACAGCUGCUCUAAAUGUGAGAAAUAUUUCAUUAGCAUGGGAAAGCUGAACAGACACCUGAGGAUUCACACCGCAAAGAAGCAGUUUAGUUGCUCCGAUUGCGGCAGGACGUUUUAUCAAAAAUCCCAUCUGAAUGUUCAUCUAAGACUGCACACUGGCGAGAAACCAUUCAGUUGCACAGAGUGCGAUAAAUGUUUCAACUUGCGAGGUGACUGGGUGAGACACAUGAGAAUCCACACCGGAGAGAAACCAUUCUCUUGCUACGAAUGUGGACAAAGGUUCAAUCAGAUCGGCAAUCUUAAGAGCCACAUGAGAAUCCAUGCAGGAGAGAAGCCGUUCCCAUGCUCAGAUUGUGACAAGCGCUUUCAUCGGAGGGGACAGUUGAAGAUGCACAUGAGAAUUCACACCAAAGAGAGACCGUGCAGUUGCUCGGAGUGUGGUAAAACUUUUUAUUGCAAUGGUGAUGUGAAUAGACACAAGAAGAUUCACAUUAAAGAGAAACCAGGUGCCAACACUGAUGCGGCGCAUGGGAAGGCAUGACAGCCCACACUGAAACUGAGGACCUGCCUGUCACAGGAAGAAUGGCAGGAUGAGGUGAUUGAAUUGAUUGAAGGAAUGAGUAGGAGGAGGGGUCCCCUUCAUAUGUUUUGUAUUCCACUUAGGUGACCUGCAGUGGUCUGCUUGUGUUGCUACCUCAUUGUUGGUCACUUGAGAUGUAGGUUUCAGUGACUUGGAAUAAACAUGUUUUUUUUAGUGAGUUUUUUCCUCACUAUGCUUGUGUGCAGCAAGGAUGCUUUUUUCACUAGGCUCCAGAUGCUUUUGAUUUGAAAGAUCUGGUCAGCAAACAUGCUUCCUCUAAUUGAAUAAGCACGUUGUCACUGGUCCUCCAUUUUGCAUUUUAUUUUCUUGAGAAGGCUGUCCCUCCGCGCGGUCCGCCCAUCUGUCCUGCAGGUGUGGGUCCUUAAGCGGAUAGAGACGUCUGAAUGUCAGGAGUCUGAAAGAUCCUUUCACUCCAUGUAAACAUGCCCAUGUUUUGUUAUGCGAUAAACACUGCCGUGGGUUUGAAUACACCUGAAGAGUCACACACAACUGUUUUCUUAGGUGGUGAAUUGGAACAUUCAUAUGAGGGAGAAACCAUUUGCAUGCAGCGUUUUAGUCACCAAAGAUCUUCCCAAGACUGAGUUCAAUCAUUGUAAGACAGAAGCUGUGCAAAAUAAACUGUA